CGAGUGGAGGAUACGAUCCUCAUCAGAGUUCAGAGAUCCCCAAAUUUCCUUCCUGCGUCUUGGCGAGUGAGAAAGAGCGAGUGAAGCCAAAACCCUAAUUCCUUCCUCCAGUUCUCUACGCGCCUCAACCCCACUCGCCUUUGGUUUUUGCAGGACAUCACCUCAACUCAACUUACAGGUUUAGAGGAAGUUACUGAAAUCAAAUAAACUCUAGUCAUGGACAUAGAUCUUAGGUUGCCCUCUGGUGAACAAUGUAAGGAAGAUGAAGUGCAUAAUGGAUUAGAAGAUAGCAUGCUGGAUGGUGAUGAAAAACUGCAACUGCAUACUGGAGAUCUUGGAAACCUGAUAGGUGUUGGAGAGGAGGUACAGGCUGAAGAUGGUGGAGACUUGAAUUCUUCUGCUGUGGAUAUGGGAGUGUUCAAAGAGGAUGUGAACCUUGAGCCUCUUUCUGGUAUGGAAUUUGAAUCUCAUGGGGAAGCAUAUUCUUUCUAUCAAGAAUAUGCACGGUCUAUGGGAUUCAACACUGCUAUACAAAAUAGUCGCCGUUCAAAAACAUCUAGAGAAUUCAUUGAUGCAAAAUUUGCCUGUUCUAGAUAUGGAACCAAGAGAGAGUAUGACAAAUCUUAUAACCGGCCACGUGCAAGACAAAGUAAGCAAGACCCUGAAAAUUCAACUGGUCGGCGAUCAUGCUCAAAGACAGAUUGCAAAGCAAGCAUGCAUGUGAAAAGAAGACAAGAUGGAAAAUGGGUGAUUCACAGUUUUGUUAAGGAGCAUAACCAUGAGCUUUUACCUGCCCAAGCUGUUAGUGAACAGACCAGGAAGAUGUAUGCUGCAAUGGCUAGGCAAUUUGCUGAGUAUAAAAAUGUUGUUGGUCUUAAGAAUGAUCCCAAAAGUCCAUUUGAUAAGGGUCGAAAUUUGGCAUUAGAAGCAGGGGACAGUAAGAAUUUGCUUGAAUUUUUCACAAUAAUGCAGAAUAUGAAUUCUAACUUCUUCUAUGCAAUAGAUCUUGGUGAGGAUCAACGCCUAAAGAAUUUGUUAUGGAUCGAUGCCAAAAGUAGGCAUGACUAUAGUACUUUCUGUGAUGUUGUAUCCUUUGAUAUGACCUAUGUCAAGAACAAAUAUAAAAUGCCUCUUGCUCUAUUUAUUGGGGUGAACCAGCACUAUCAAUUCAUUUUGCUUGGCUGUGCUUUGAUAUCAGAUGAGAGUGCUGCAACAUUUUCAUGGCUAAUGAAGACUUGGUUGAGAGCAAUGGGAGGACAUCCCCCCAAAGUUAUCAUCACUGACCAAGAUAAGGCUCUAAAAUCAGUUAUUUUGGAGGUCUUUCCAAAUGCUCAUCAUUGUUUUUUUCUAUGGCAUGUUCUGGGAAAGGUUUCUGAAAAUCUUGGUCAUGUAAUUAAGCAGCAUGGAAACUUCAUGGCAAAAUUAGAGAAAUGCAUCUAUAGGUCAUGUACAAAUGAAGAGUUUAUAAAAAGAUGGUGGAAAAUUCUUGAUAGAUUUGAACUGAAAGAUGAUGAAUGGAUGAAGUCUUUGUAUGUAGAUCGUAAAAACUGGGUUCCAACCUACAUGGUGGAUUUUCUGUUGGCUGGGAUGUCUACAGUUCAGCGUGCCGAGAGUGUAAACUCCUUCUUUGAUAAGUAUGUGCAUAAGAAAACCACUGUGCAAGAGUUUGUGAAACAGUAUGAAUCAAUUUUACAAGAUAGGUAUGAAGAGGAAGCUAAAGCUGAUUCUGAUACAUGGAACAAGCAACCAGCACUGAAAUCUCCCUCACCUUUUGAGAAGAGCGUUGCAGGGGUAUAUACACAUGCAGUGUUCAAAAAGUUUCAACUGGAAGUUUUGGGCGCAGUUGCUUGUCAUCCCAAAAAGGAGAACCAAGAUGGCACAACCAGUACUUUCAGAGUUCAAGAUUUUGAAAAGAAUCAGGACUUUAUAGUUAUUUUGAAUGAAAUGAAGCCUGAAGUUUCCUGUCUAUGUCGAUUGUAUGAAUACAAAGGUUAUCUCUGUAGACAUGCAAUGGUUGUUCUCCAGAUGUGUGGUCUCUCUGCCAUUCCAUCCCAAUAUAUUCUGAAAAGGUGGACUAAAGAUGCAAAGGGCAGGCAUUUGUUUGGAGAAGAAUCUGAACAAGUGCAAUCUAGGGUUCACCGGUACAAUGAUCUCUGUCAACGGGCAAUGAAAUUGACUGAAGAGGGAUCUUUAUCCCAAGAGGGUUACAACAUUGCAUUCCGUGCCCUGGAAGAAGCUUAUGGGAAUUGCUUGAGUGCAAACACUUCUAACAAGAGCCUGAUAGAUGCUGUUACGUCACCUACUCAUGGUCUGAUAUGCAUUGAAGAAGAUAACCAAAGUAGAAGUACGGGCAAGAUAAACAAGAAAAAGAACCCAACCAAGAAAAAGAAGGGAAAUUCAGAACAGGAGAUCAUGACUGUUGGGGCGCAAGACAGUUUGCAACAAGUGGAUAAAUUGAGCCCAAGACCAGUAACCCUUGAUAGCUAUUUUGGCACACAACAGAGUGUCCAAGGAAUGGUGCAACUGAAUUUAAUGGCUCCUCGGGAAAGUUAUUAUGCAAAUCAACAGGCAAUGCAAGGGCUGGGACAGUUGAAUACAAUGCCGACAAAUCCUGAUGGUUACUAUGGGACUCAGCAAACCAUGCCCGCAAUGGGGCAGAUGGACUUCUUCCGAACACAUGGUUUUUACAUUCGGGAUGACCCCAGUGUGAGAGCAACACAGUUGCAUGAGGAUGCCUCGAGACAUGGAUGAUACUACUACUCUCUUUGUGAAGAUGGGGACAGGAUACCAUUGAGUGCUUGGUCAGAAGUCAAGAGGGAACAAAUUGUACUAAGAGCUGAAAUGGUUGUAAAGAUGGAAGCUUUUGCAUUUUCAGGUUACAUGAAGGAAACAAUAAUGUAUUGGUGUCUGUAGGGUAAUGAUAUGUAGGGUGUUUCUAGCUUCAUGGUUCAUUAGUUGGGACAAAUUAAAAUUGGAGCUAGUAUUUCUUGUAUAGUUUGUUGUAUUUUGUUUAUAUAUGAGGUCGUUAACAGCCUCACUUCAAUGACGUUGUAAGCAAUAUGAUGCAUGUUCCUGAUACUAUGUUCCUCCGGUCAUCUCUUGCGGUUUAAAAUAAUGGACAAUGAUUAUU